AUGAUGCCAUCAUCUCCUCACGCUGAUUUGCCACGUUACUACUCAAACUACGACCACGUUAUGCUUCACACACCUCCACCAACUUCAACCAAGGUGGGCUCAAUAUUUUUGGGACUUGUUUUCCUGUUUCCAGGAGAGUUCUUUUAG